AUUUUAGCUUGUUGUAGCAUUAGACACUUCCCUGAGUUUGUUAGUUACUAUGGAAACCGCACAACUAUCCACUAUUGAUCAGUCAACGGUUCUGACCAUAGCUAUUAACCUGGGGCAACUAACGUUAGUUAUCCUAGUCAAUAAACGAUGAUACACAGUUUAAAAGAGUAAGAAAAUGAUACAAUAAUGCCGCAAAAUAGUGAUCAACUAGACCCUUUAGUGGACAACCUGAUAGAAGAUGAAGCUGAGAGAGAGGGACUUCUUGCCAAGCCCACCUGCAUCAUCAUAGUUGGAAGACCGGGUGUCGGCAAGACCACCUUGGCCAAAAAAAUUGCAGAGUCCUGGAAGUGUAUCUUAAUCGAUGAUACAGAUCUGCUCAACACACACAUAAAAAAUAAAACAAAGCAAGGCACAGAGCUCUUGAAUAUUUUAUCUGAGGGGAGAAGUAUACCAGAGGACAUGGUGCUGCAGCUGAUUCUUGCCAGGCUUAACUCACCAGAUGUGGAGCACUAUGGGUAUGUACUCAGCUGCCUGCCGCUCAUGUCAGAAGAGUGUCUGAAGAUUAAUGAGCAGAUUGAGCUGAUCAAAAACCUCAAACUAACUCCUGAUUUCAUAAUCAACAUUAAGUGUGCCGACAAAGACCUGGUCCAUCGACUGUCAGGUCUGAAGCAGCACCCAGGGACAGGGCAGCUGUACAACAGAGAUCAGUGGGAGCGUGAGGAGGUGUUUACAAAGAAGAAAGAGAACAAGGAUGAGGAAGGGGAGGAAGAGGAGGAGCAGGCCGGAGGAGAAGAACUUCAAAAGAAUAUUAUUCACCAGAUCGUCUGGACCCCAGAGAAUUUGGCCAGAAAUUCUUUUUCUAGAAUAAAAACGUACAAGGACACCAUGCUCAGGCCACUGGAGGACUACAUGGCAGACCACAACCCCCUCUAUCUGUUGGAGCUGGAUGGAAACAACACACCUGAAGAGCUGCACUUGUCUGUAAUAUCCCGUCUUGGAUCCAUGGCAAUAAAGCAUGUCUCCAUUCCAGUCCUCCUCCAACACCCUGAUGAUGAGGAAUUGUCAGAGGAUGUUGACACGGAGGACCUUGUGAGAAUAAUGUCCUCCACCAGAACAGUGGCGCCUGGCUUUAGUUGGAGAAGGAGCCGCUGGGGUCGGACUUGUCCUGUUGCUCUGAGGGAGGGCAAGGUCAUUCCUGGCAAGCCUGACUUAUGUGUGGGCUUCCAGGACAAGUUGUACAUCCUCUCAUCUCAGGAGACCUACCAGAAGUUUGUCGCCAACCCCCGACCGUACUUGCUUCCUCCGAUGCCCAGACCUCCCUGCACAGUGUCCAUCAUUGGACCUCCACAGGCAGGGAAGAGCACUCUGUGUAAACUUAUAGCUCAGCACUACAAUGCAUCAGUGCUUGAUAUGGAGGUUUUAGUGCAGCAGGUUCUGGCUAAGGUUGAGCAGGAGAGGCUUGACAAAAUCAAAGAGGAGACAACAAAGGUCGCUAUAGAGAAAAUCAAGAUGAAGAUGGAGCAGGAUGGUGGACAGAAUUCAGAUGAAUCCAAUUCUGUAGAAGUGACAGAGGAUCAUCCAGAGGUACAAACCAUGGUGCACUCUGCGCUAGAAGAAGCCAAACAUAUGACCACAUCUCCCAUCAGCCUGUAUGCUGAGGUACUAGAGAAGCGUAUCAAAGAGAUUGAAGAGGCUGACACUGAUGCAGAUGUCAGGACCGGCUGGGUGCUUGACAACUUUCCCAACAACUUUUCCCAAAUGGAUACCUUACAGCAAGCUGGAAUCCUGCCAGACAUCAUCUUCUGCCUCAAAGACAGUGAUGGCAAUCAGGUUUUAAAGAGAUUGUAUGAGACAAACAAGGAGCAUGUGGACAAAGCAGUAAGUAAGAGACUGCAGGAGGGACAAUCAGAGAAGGCCUUAAACCAGAAGGAGGCACAAUCAGAGGUAGAGGCAAAGCCGUCAGAGCUGCAGACCAAUCUGGAGACAGUUGCAGAAGAGACUGAAGAAAUUCCUGAACAAUCUGACACCACCACCCCAACAAAUCCUGACAUAAUCAAAACAGAAGCUGUGGCACUACCUGAUCAUUGGGACUUGGGCUAUCCAGACGGCCCAGAGAUGAAUGACUAUAAACUGCAACUGCAACAGUUUAUGUCCGAAUGGGACCAAAUGCAGAAUGCUUUAACUGUCGCCCACUCAGUACUGGAGAUUGGCAGCAAAAGCCCUGAGGAGCUGCUUCAAGAGAUGGUUCUUCAGAUGCAGAAGCCCUUUGAGUAUGUGUCCUCUGAACAGUCAGCAAUGGACCUGGACAAGGAGGCCGAGGACUUAGAGGCCUUAGCUGAGCUGGAGAGAGCCGAGGAAGGAAGCAGUGACAAUGAGGCAGCAGAGGACAAGGAUGAAGGGGUCACAACAGCCAAGAGAUUACUUGGGGACACCCAUCAUUUCUGCCCUGUAGCCUUAAAAAACCAUAACGUCCUGUUGCCCUGUACGGACGAAAUUGCAGCCAAGUACCGUGAAAGGACCUUCUACUUCUCAAGUGUAGAAGCCAUGGACUCCUUCCUUCAAAAUCCUGCACAAUAUGUUGUACAGAAGGAGCCUCUCAAGCCUCCUGCCCUGCGGAUCUUUUUGCUCGGCACCCGAGGGUCAGGCAAGACAACUAAUGGCAAGUGGCUCGCCCAGCAGCUUGGUAUCUUCUUUAUUCCAUUCAGAGAACAACUUCAAAUGCUCAUCAUGGCCAAGACAAAGAAGCGGGUACCUUAUGCUGAUGAGGUAGAGUCUACAGAGGAGUCUCCUGAGGACUUGGAGGCCCAGAUAGAGGAAGCCAGGGGGGAGGAGGAAGAGGAGACGGAGGAGAUCUCUGCCAACAUGAGUGACAUGGAGGAGGAAGUGGUCCUGACUUAUGAGGAAAAAGUAAUUAAAGCUUACCUGUCUGAUGGAGAUCCAUUAACCCCACAGAUCCUGGAUAUGCUUAUCGCACCAUACUGGAAACAGGAACCAUACAUGUCUACUGGUUUUAUUUUGGAGGGCUUUCCUCAGAAUCCCGAUGAUGUGCAGUACAUGUCACAGCACCAGCUUUUCCCUGAUGUUACGGUAAUGAUGACGGUUGAUGUCACUGAUGUUCAGAAGCGCCUGUUGCCGUCAUACCUGGAGAGCUGGCGUGAGCGCCGCAACCACCGUGUAACGCAGCUGACACUCCUUCAUGAUCUACGUAAGAAGAAGCGGGGGGAGGACAUUGCCAAGAGAAGAGCUGAACUCACAAAUGCAGCCAAAACACAGCUCAGAAAUAAUGACGAUGGAGAAGACAAUGAAGAAGAUGAAGCUGCAGGCAACAUAGAGGAUGAGAUAGAGGCAACGCUGGAGGAGGAGUUUCCUUCAGAAGAAGAUCAUGAAGACACAGAGAAUGAGGAGACAGAGGAGGCAGCGUCUGAGAGGCUGGAGAUGGAGAUAACAGAGCGUUUUCUGACAGAUGAAAACAGCCUCGUUACUGUGACGGAGCUCCUGAGUGAACUAAACAUUCCCAAAUUGUCAAUCAGUGCAUCACGCAAGCUACGAAUGGUGCGGCAUCAGCUGCUCCAGCAGAUCCAGCCCCUGGUGACCAACAGGGAAUCACUCUUCCAAAAAUGCCAACCCAUCUCAUACAGCCUGGCACAUAGGCUGCUUGUCUCCUCUUAUAAGUUCCACAGUGCUUUUUGCUGCUACGACCCCAUAAAGCUUUACAAAGAGAGAGAUUUGAUCCAGCCUCUGCAGUGGCCUCUCAACACCACAUAUCCCCUGAUCUUCCAUCAGUAUAUCUACUUCUUUGGGUCUAAGGAGAACCGCAACACAUUUAUGCUGAACCCGAAGUACCUUCGGCAGCCUAAGCCCACCCUUACACUUCCUGUUAAACUGGCUGUUGUUGGACCUCCCAAAUCUGGAAAAACUACUGUUGCACAGAUGUUUGCUCAGAAAUAUGGCUUGGCCCGUCUGUCCAUUGGCAGUGCUAUGCGUAUGGUGCUUAACGAUCGGGAGCACACUGAUCUGGCUAUCCAGAUGAAAAAGCAUCUCUCCCGGGGACUUGUUGUGCCUGAAGAGCUGGCCAUUCAAUGUCUGGAGGUGGCACUCAUGAGCUCAGUCUGCAGCACUCGAGGAUACGUGUUGGAUGGCUUUCCGAUGACACUUAAGCAUGCAAAGUUGAUGGAUUCCCGAAGCAUCAUUCCCAUGAUAGUAGUUGAGCUGAAGCUGGACACAGUAGAGGUGCUGAAGAGAGGCCUUGUGGACAAGAUGAAGCCCAACAAGCCUCCCCUAAUGCACGACAGCUCCGAGAUCCUCAACACUCGUAACUCCUGUUACAAGCAGGAAAUGGAGCAUGUGAGGCAACAUUUCCAACAACAAUAUCAGAACUGGAUCCUUCUUGAUGGCUUGAAGAGCGUAUGGUGGCUCUGGAACAGCAUUAUAAAGGAGGUCAGCAUCAGCAUGAGAUAUAUCCACAGCUACCUGGAGAGGACGGGCAGCGGGCAAGCAGCCUGCAUCGACAAACUGUGCAUUACACCCCAGGAGCUGCUGUGUCGUCUUGGAGAAUUUGGUCAUUACUGCCCCAUCUGCCUGGCUCUACAUCAACACCUGGUGGACUGUUCAGGAACUGCAGCCUUAACUCAUGCAGCUGAGUACAGGGGACACUAUUACAAGAUGUGUGGCAAAAAACAUCUAGAGCGGUUCGUGUCCACUCCAGAUGAGUUUGUAACUCCAGGCUGCCCACACACUCUCCCACAAUCACACCUGCUGCCAAGAAAACUGACUGAGAUCGAGGUGAAGAACAAAUUCCCACAGCCUGUUGAAAUGAAGGGCUUCUGCCCGGUCACUUAUCUUCAUGGAAAGCAAAGUUAUGAAGCCCUUGUUCGAGGAAGGAUGGAAUAUGCUGUUGAAUACAGAGAACGGAUCUACAUUUUUGAGACAAAGCAGAAACAGGACGAGUUUUUGAGGAUUCCUGAAACCUACUGGGACCAGAAGCUGCCCAGGAAAGUUCCUCCUCCCAGUGAACCUGUAACCAUCACCUCCCUGCCAAUGUUGAGCUACCUAGAACAGGGUGUGUCGGUGUCCAUCAUCAAGGCCAUGACAGCUGUUGGGUGUCUCAAACCAAAGUAUCCUUUCCUCACUAUACAGAAAUCAUCACUUCUCUAUGUGGCCUUCUACCUAAGAGCUUUCAACCCCAAAAGCACAGAAUACAGUCGCCAGAAGUACAAAAGGAAGCUGGCCUUGUUUGAAGAGAACUGUGCGCUCAUUCCCUACCUGAGCUCAACAAUGAGAGGGAACUACAGGCCUCCAACUGAACGUCCUAUUGACUUUGAGUUUAAACUGAAUAGGUUCCUGGCCUUGGGAGACUCACCAGGUGCCAACAGUCUAUUCUAGCUGUGCCUGUUUUGAAAGUGUGACUACUGGUAUUUAAUAUUGUGUGGAAAAACUGUACGAAAACAAAGUCAUUUUAAAGCAACUUGCUGUGAGAGUAUAUUUUAUCUAGAGCUGUAUGUAAUAAAUCACUCUAA